GAACCUCGACCUCCUCUCACGACACGUGCUCGAAGGACGGUUGCUCCAUGUCGUGAGGCUGCUUGGAUUUUGCAUUCUGCAUUCUUCUCGCGAACUGGACGUAUAUACCCGGGCUAGCCCAUGUCGAAAGGAAGAGUUAGCUGAUCAUCAAUGGACGGACGGGUAUCAUUGCCCAAGCGACAAUCGUGCCCCAAGACGAAGGAGGGGAAAAGGAGGCAAUGAUAAAUGAAGAUCCGGCCCACGGCAGGCUCCUGUCAUGUUGUGACAGCUGCAUAGUCGGAGGAUUUCUCUUCUCGCCGCCGUCAUUCGGGGAUCGACUGGUAUCAUUGUCGUGGGAACUCUGGGGUACAGAAACGGUAAGGAGACACGGUUCCGGCGCUCGCUGGCCCAGGGGACCUCGAGGAAAACAAAAAGUUGAAACGGCUUUCUUCAACAUACCACGUAUGUACGGCACGGCAGUUCGUUCAACCUGUGGUCAGUCGAGACUGCGGCACGUAAUUAAUUAUUUCUCCAUCCACCUCCGGUCGGCAAGUGAAGAGAAAGAUUUCAAUACCAGCGGCAUCGUCUGUUUUCCUUGUUCAACUACUACUUACAUCAACUUAUCUAUUGCUGUUUCUUCCCCGCAUCCUCACUCUCUCCCCCAGAUUCUCAGGUACCUCCCAAUGUUUGGCUGUUGCUGGUACGUUCGGCGGCUAAAGCCCCAGCCCCUUUUAGGGUCCGGUCCUUACAGCAUACAUGUGGAAAAGCCCUAACGGAACAACGACCCCCGGGGCCGGCGACCCCAUCACUGCAUCGCAUCGGCGUCAGUGCAACCGUGCCAGCACAAGAUUGAAUCUCACCGCAUCGCCCCCCCUAGAC